CGCAUGCGCGCCACACCGGAAACGCUUCUAAACAAAGGGGAAGCUUUUGCGCUAUUUAAAGGGAACUGUACACAGACGUGUGUUUUGUUGUUAAGGUCUUCUUAAAAUGAAAAUCUUUUGGCAAGAACCUAGGAAUCAAAGGAAAUGCAAUAAAACUAAGAAGUCACCCCCGAUGUGCGGGAUGGAAACCAUUUCUUAUUAAACUUUAUGUACUUCUAUUGCUUUUGCAAAGCAAUAAGGACAUUUUCCAAAUCAUCUGUGCCAGGUCUCUGUAGGGCAACUUUACUGAGAGCAAAACAAGCUCCACCAUAUCUCCAUUCCUCUAGGAUUGUUAUAUUUAGUUGGGGCUUUGCAUCUAGCCCCAGUGCCAUCACUUUCUGCGUGCCACAAAUCCGCCAGUUAAGUCUCAGCUCCAGUUCUCAUUUUCAAGUCUUCUGGUCAAAUAAUUUUCAAAGUAAGCAAGCAGAGAUGGCAGAGCAAAGAUUCUGCGUAGAAUAUGCCAAACGCGGCACCGCAGGCUGCAAGAAAUGCAAAGACAAAAUUAUGAAGGGACUGGUCCGCAUUGGCAAGAUAGUGCCCAACCCGUUCAGCGAGUCAGCGGGGGAAAUGAAGGAGUGGUACCAUGUGAAAUGCAUCUUUGAGAAGCUCGAGAGAGCUCGUGCAACUACAAAGAAAAUAGAAGACAUCACAGAGCUGGAAGGAUGGGAGGAGCUUCAGGAUGAGGAUAAAGAGCUGAUCAAUAAACACGUUUCAGAAUUGGCGGCCAAAACCAACGCAAGUCCGAAGAAGAAAGUCCAAGCCAAGUUAAGCACCAGUGGGCAGCUGGCAGGACCUAAAGCUGACCCAACUGUCAAUGCCCCUCGCAAGUUUUCUGGCUUUACGGCUACCAAGGCUGGUUCCUCAUCCUCCAGUCCUGGACCAUCUCCAGCGAAACCCUCUCAGGGUAGUGCUUUGUCAGCUAAGCUAUGUGACCUCAAUCAUAAAGACUCCUUAUUGCGAGAGUUUCGUAAACUGUGUGCCUUGGUGGCAGAUAAAUCCGGCUACAAUGCAAAGACUGAGAUUAUCAGGGACUUCUUGACGAAAGGCUCUGGUGGAGAUAAGUUUAGAGGAGACCUGUAUCUGACAGUGAAGCUUCUUCUCCCAGGAGUUAUUAAGAAUGUCUACAACCUGAAUGACAAGCAAAUUGUCAAGCUUUUCAGCCGCAUAUUGAAUUGCAGUCAGGAUGAAAUGGUGCAAGAUCUGGAACAGGGAGAUGUUUCAGAGACGGUGCGUAUGUUUUUCGAGAACAGCAAAUCUUUCCCUCCAGCGACCAAAAGCCUUCUGACCAUCCAGGACGUGGAUGCCUCACUUAAUCGUUUGGCACAACUCACCAAGGAGGAUGAGCAGCAGGCUGAACUACAGGAUAUUGCCAAAAAAUGCACAGGGAACGACCUAAAGUGUUACAUCCGUCUGGUCAAACAUGAUCUGAAAAUAAACUCUGGGGCCAAGCAUGUUCUGGAUGCUGUCGACCCUAACGCCUACGAUGCCUUCAAAGCUUCUCGUAACCUUGGUGACGUAAUUGACAGGGUACUGAAGAACCAGCAGGAUGCGUCCAACGGGACAGGGCCCAGAAAACUCUUAAGUGUGGAGGCUUCUCUGAUGACACCUGUACAACCAAUGCUGGCAGAGGCGUGCAAGUCCAUCGAGUAUGCCAUGAAGAAGUGUCCUAAUGGAAUGUACUCUGAAAUCAAGUAUGAUGGCGAGCGCGUGCAGGUCCAUAAGAGCGGAGAUCACUUCAGUUACUUCAGUCGUAGUCUUAAACCAGUCCUCCCACAUAAGGUUGCUCAUUUUAAAGACUUCAUACCACAAGCGUUUCCUGGUGGUCAUAGCAUGAUUCUUGAUGCUGAAGUUCUGCUUAUCGACACAAGGACUAGUAAACCUUUGCCUUUUGGGACUCUUGGGGUACACAAGAAAGCAGCCUUCCAGGAUGCUCAAGUGGGUCUGUUUGUGUUUGACUGCAUUUAUUUUAAUGGCGUCAGUCUCAUGGACAAGCCUCUCUGUGAGAGGAGAAAGUUACUCCAUGACAAUAUGGUGGAAGUUCCAAACAGGAUUCUGUUCUCAGAAAUGAAGCAUGUCACGCGAGGUAGAGAUCUGGCAGAAAUGAUCACUCGUGUCAUCAGAGAGGGACUGGAGGGAUUGGUACUGAAAGAUGUCAAGGGCCAAUAUGAGCCAGGGAAGCGUCACUGGUUAAAAGUGAAGAAAGAUUAUCUUAACGAAGGAGCAAUGGCAGACACUGCUGAUCUUGUGGUGCUUGGAGCUUUCUAUGGCAAAGGCUCAAAUGGUGGAAUUAUGUCCAGUUUUCUUAUGGGCUGCUAUGACCCCGAAUCCAAGAAGUGGUGCACUGUGACCAAGUGUUCUGGAGGCUAUGACGAUGCGACCUUAGCCAGACUGCAAAAGGAGUUAGAUGUUAUCAAAAUCGGCAAAGAUCCAAGCAAGAUACCAGGGUGGUUGAAGAUCGUCAAAAACUAUUAUCCGGACUUCAUUAUCCGAGAUCCGCAAAAAGCACCAGUAUGGGAAAUUACAGGAGCGGAGUUUUCGAAAUCGGAAAUGCACACAGCGGACGGCAUAUCCAUCCGUUUCCCACGCUGCACUCGGAUGCGAGAUGACAAAGAUUGGAAAACCGCCACCAACCUUCAGCAGCUCAAGGAACUGUAUCGUAUCUCGAAAGAGAACUGUGAUUUUGAGGUGACGGCUGGUCCAUCUGAAACUGGCCAGAAUGACAAGAGCUCCUCGGGAGGUGACAGCGGAAGCAGCUCACCCUCAACAUCUCAUGGAGCUUCCACUGCUAACAAAACCAAAAAUGGUCAUACUCCCAAAGCCAAGUUAGUGAAAUCUGAACCACCCUCGCCUGCAGUUAAAAGAAAACUGCCCACCGAAAAACAAGUUGCAAAGAAGAUUAAAACCGAACCCGUCCACAGCAAUGGACAGAGCAAACUAAACACAUCGAUUCAAACAUCCGACACAAAGAAUGAAAAGACUCUACUGGACAUUUUCACAGGCGUGAAGCUCUACCUCCCAGAGUCCGUGCAGGACUUUGAGAAACUUCGGCGUUACUUUAUAGCGUACGAUGGAGAUCUGGUGCCAGAGUACGACUCCGGUUCGGCCACACACACGCUGGCACAACCAGAGGAGGACAGUCAGAGCCAGAAGGUCACCUCCAACUGGAUCUGGGAAUGUAUCCGCAAGAGGCGGGUGGUUCCACCCUGCUGAUCCGAAUUAUGGGAAUACUCCACUGACACUAGCACCAAGCUCAGGCAUUUUUCCUAUAGUGACAUUGCUUCUUAUAGAACAGUAAACAUGUUUCACUUUACACACAACUACUGCGGUAAUGCUGUUAAGGUUGCUUUAAAUGAACUUUCUUUUUAAAUGUUUGUCUUAAUAACGGCUUUACCAUAUUUUGGUAUCGCACACAGUCUUGUAGAAAACCGUUGACUAGAUUUUCAAGUUUGUUUUGGUUUUCACAUACUUGUCAUACAUACUAGUAUGUUAUGGAUUCUCAUAUUUAUGAUUUUUAGAGUUUUCAGUGGGUGUCAUCAAGCGUGCUUCCGCUUUCUCAAAAAGCACGAGUUUCAUUUUUUUUGUCAUGAUAGUAAACACAGAUUUGUCUGUGGUUCACAAGACAAUAGUAACAACCAUGAAGCAUAAUUAUGAAACUGAUAAUUGUGCAGAAUACAAAUAAUGUAAGAGCCCUUAAAGGAAUAGUCUACUCAUUUUCAAUAUUAAAAUAUGUUAUUACCUUAACUAAGAAUUGUUGAUACAUCCCUCUAUCAUCUGUGUGCGUGCACGUAAGCGCUGGAGCGCGCUGCGAAGCUUCGAUAGCAUUUAGCUUAGCCCCAUUCAUUCAAUGCUACCAUUUAGAGAUAAAGUUAGAAGUGACCAAACACAUCAACGUUUUUCCUAUUUAAGACGAGUAGUUAUACGAGCAAGUUUGGUGGUACAAAAUAAAACGUAGCGCUUUUCUAAGCGGAUUUAAAAGAGGAACUAUAUUUUAUGGCGUAAUAGCACUUUUGGGAGUACUUCGACUCGCCUGAAAAGUCCGCUCCCCUUCUCACUCUCAUAAUGGGAGAGGGAGGGUGUUACUGCGCCGAGUCGAAGUACUCCCAAAAGUGCUAUUACGCCAUAAAAUAUAGUUCCUCUUUUAAAUCCGCUUAGAAAAGCGCUACGUUUUAUUUUGUACCACCAAACUUGCUCGUAUAACUACUCGUCUUAAAUAGGAAAAACGUUGAUGUGUUUGGUCACUUCUAACUUUAUCUCUAAAUGGUAGCAUUGAAUGAAUGGGGCUAAGCUAAAUGCUAUCGAAGCGUCGCAGCGCGCUCCAGCGCUUACGUGCACGCACACAGAUGAUAGAGGGAUGUAUCAACAAUUCUUAGUUAAGGUAAUAAUAUAUUUUAAUAUUGAAAAUGAGUAGACUAUUCCUUUAAGCAUUGGUAAUCAUUUUUUAAUUUCAAGUGUCUCGGAUUAAACUACCCUUUAGGUUUGUGCUUAAGUUCAGUCAUGAAAGCAAGUCAGUUUUUAAGGAUUGUUCCAUUGACAUCAGUCUGAAACAUCAGGUGCCAACAUUAUGUAACAUUUUUAAUAAAACAUAUUUGACCAUUAAAGUACAUGAAAAUA